GUACCACAUGAGAAUUCACACUGGAGAAAACCCUUUUACCAGCCAACAGUGUGGAGUAAGUUUCACUCAAAAAGGGAUUCUCAAUCGGGACAUGAAAAUUCACACUGGGGAGAAGCCUUACUCAUGCCCUCAGUGUGGAAAGUGUUUCGAUCAGCAUGGAAACCUUAAAGUCCACAUGAGAAGUCACACUGGAGAGAAACUCUACAAGUGCCUGCAGUGUGGAAAAAGUUUUGAUCAACAUGGAAACUUUAAAAUCCACAUGAAAAUUCAUACAGGAGAAAGCCUUUUUACCUGUCAGCAGUGUGGAGUAAGUUUCAGAAAGAAAUGGAUUCUCAAAAGGCACAUGAGAAUUCACACUGGAGAGAAGCUUUACACAUGCCAUGAGUGUGGAAAGAGUUUCGAUCAAAAUGAAAACUUUAAAAUCCACAUGAGAAUUCACAUAGGAGAAAACCCUCUCGCCUGCCAACAGUGUGGAGUAAGUUUCAGAAAGAAAUGGAUUCUCAUCAGACAUAUGAGAAUUCACACUGGAGAGAAGCCUUACACAUGCCUUCAGUGUGGAAAGAGUUUUAAUCAACAUGGAAAUCUUAAACUCCACAUGAGUAUUCAUACAGGAGAAAGGCCUUUUACCUGUCAACAGUGUGGAAAAAGUUUCAAACGAAAAGGAAACCUUAAGUACCACAUGAGAAUUCACACUGGAGAAAACCCUUUUACCAGCCAACAGUGUGGAGUAAGUUUCACUCAAAAAGGGAUUCUCAAUCGGGACAUGAAAAUUCACACUGGGGAGAAGCCUUACUCAUGCCCUCAGUGUGGAAAGGGUUUUCAUCAACAUAGAAACCUUAAACUCCACAUGAAAGUUCAUACAGUAGAAAGGCCUUUUACCUGCCAACAGUGUGGAAAAUGUUUCAAACGAAAAGGAAACCUUAAUUAUCACAUGACCGUGCACACUGGAGAAAGCCAUUUCACCUGCCAGCACUGUGGAUUAAGUUUCACUCAGAUAGGAAGCCUUAACAGGCACAUGAGAAAUCACACUGGAGAGAAACCUUACUCAUGCUCUCAGUGUGGAAAAAGUUUUGAUCAACAUGGAAACUUUAAAAUCCACAUGAAAAUUCAUACAGGAGAAAACCCUUUUACCUGUCAACAGUGUGGAAAAAGUUUCAACCGAAAAGGAAACCUUAAGUACCACAUGAGAAUUCACACUAGGGAAAAGACUUACACAUGCCAUCAGUGUGGAAAGAGUUUCGAUCAAAAUGAAAAGCUUAAAGUACACAUGAGAAUUCACACUGGAGAAAGACCUUUCCCCUGCAAACAGUGUGGAAAACGUUUCAAACGAAAAGGAAACCUUAAUUACCACAUGAGCGUACACACUGGAGUAAACUCAUCUACCACCAGUGUGGAGUAAGUUUCAGAAAGAAAUGGAUUCUCAAUAGGCACAUAAGAAUUCACACUGGAGAGAAGCCUUUCACUUGCCCCCAGUGUGGGAUGAGUUUCAACCUUAAAGGAAACGUUAGCAUUCACAUGAGACUUCACACUAAAGAAAGUAUUCCACGUGUCUUUAGUGUGAAGAGUUUUAUCAAAGAGCCCUGAAAUGUGGAGUGCUGCUCAGUGUGGCAAAAGGUUUACGAAAAAUUAGCAAUUUCAGUUAUCAGUUGUGCAUUCAUUCUAGAGGAAAACUAUGCAAGAUGUGCAAAUGUGAGACCCUAUUUGUGUUAUUUGUGAUGUCAUUACUCAUGAAAAUACACAUUGUUAGUUAUAUUUAAAAAUGUGUUUUCAGUAGUUGUUACACCCCAAGUUUGGGACCAGUUUAAGACUUGCAAAAAUAAAAAAUGUUGCAAUGGCCAGGGGGAAGAGAUAAACAAGAAUGAAUAUGAACUUAUUUUUAUAUCCCAGGGCAUAAUAUUAUUUGUUGUUGUUUUAUACUUUGCCAUUCUAUGGAUAUACAGUUGCAAACAGAAAUAUUCAACCCCUCACCUCAAAAGACAUUAUGGUGAUAUCGAUGAACAAUCAUGAUGAUAAAUGACAAAAAACCUCAUUAAACAAUACAAAAUAUUUAUUGAUGCAUAUUUGAGUUAAUUUGACAACAGAAGUUGACUUAACUUUGAAAUUCAAAUGAAAAAUUUAACAUUUUUAACAAGUGCAUGUGCAGUAUUAUUCAACCCCCAGCUUCAGUACUUUGUGGAGCAUCCUUUAGCUUUUAUAACUUCUAACAAAUGUUUUUGGUAAGUGCUGACAAGCUUCUUACACCUCUCUAUCAGAAUCUUUGCCCAUUCUUUGCCCAGAUUUUCAGAUUUAAAUCUGGUCACUGAGAAGGCCACUCCAGGACGUUCCAGGAUCUUUUUCUCAACCAAGCUUUGGUUGACUUGGAGGUGUGCUUGGGAUCACUGUCUUGCUAGAAAGUCCAAUGAUCACCAAGGUUUAAUUUGUCAAUAAAAGGCAUCAUGUUCCUCUUUAAAAUGGCCUGGUAUUUCUGGGAAUCCAUGAUGCCAGGUACACGAUCAAGAUUGCCAGUUCCUGCUGCAAGAACAGCCCCACAUCAUCAAUGAGCCACCUCCAUGCUUGACCGUGGGGAUGGUAUUUUUCUGGUCAUAAGCCUGGCCAAACAUGCCAGAAAUACCGUUGGUCCAAAUGUCCAAACCGUUCCAGUUUGGUUUCAUCAGUCGAUAGAACUGUCUCCCAAAACUCUGAAGUCUUAUCCAAAUUCCUCCUGGCAUAUUCUAGUCAACUUUUGAUGUUCCUUGUGGUCAAGAGUGGAGUGCGUCUUGAGUCCAGCCAUGAAGUCCUUGUUUGUUCAGUGCAUGUCUUAUAGUUGCUCUUGAAGGACUUGUACCAGCCUUCAUUAGGUCAUCCUGUAGGUGUCUUGCAGUCACACAGAGGUUUUUCUUAGUUGUCCUGACUAAGUUGGUACAGGCCCUUGAUGAAAUUCUGGGCUUUCUUCCAUGGCCAGGCAUGUUUGCAGCUGUUCCAUAAGUUUUAAACGUCCUUAUAAUGCUCCCAAUUGUGUCUUGGAAUGUAAUUUAGUUUUUUUAUACCUAUGGCCCUACAGGUGUGAUGAAAUAAUCUCUUCUCUCAGCUUUUGUGGAAGCUCCUUUGUCUUUCCCAUGAUUGCAACUCACCUUGGAUACCUUCAUGGGUGGGGUUUAUAUAUGCAGCACAGCUGAAGCAAGUCAAGGAUGAUUAUAGAGCUCCCAAAGGCUUAAUUAUGUUGCAACUCCACUUUAUGCCAUAAAAAAUUGUCAGAAAGCUUUA